AUGAAUACAUUUGAUUCGCCUCCGACAGGCCAGAGCAACGGAGCUAGAAGCAUCCAGUCCUCUCGUUCGCCUACCAACACCGAUUCAGCCCUGUCCUCUUCCGUCGGCAGUGCCCGGUCCCACUCAAGCUCUUCCCGAACGCAUGCACGCCCUUCGAACCAACAACAGAGCUCUCAGUCCACCGAAGCCACUCCGAUUAACGCGGCUGAUUCCGCGAGGCGCAACUAUCAAUCUACCGAGCGGGCCGAAAGCACCCAACACAAGAGCCUAAACCCAGAUAACGCAAACACCGGCAAUGGCACCAGCCAGUCGACUAACCAGGACUCACCACCCAAGCCCCAGCAGUCCUGGUAUAGCAAAUUAGCAGACCGAUACGGCAGCCUCGAACUGGAAAACAAGGGCAGCGUUGCGCGGGACCAUCUUGCAUUAGGUACAAACUACACGCAACUACAACCUUCAGACAUACCUCCAAAACUAACAAGAUCAACAGAACGAACCUUCCUAGCAUGGAUGCGCACCUCUCUAGCCUUCGCCUCAAUCGGCAUCGCAGUAACCCAACUAUUCCGCUUAAAUACUGCCAUCACGAAUACAAACCCAAAUGCCUAUAACAUAAAUGGUGCCAACCCGGCCAUCCUCCCACCGAACCUCUCCUACGACUCAGCCGCAUUCCACACAUCAUCCGCCUCCGCCCGUCUCCGCAGCGUGGGCAAACCCCUCGGCUCGACAUUCAUCGGCGUCUCGAUCCUCAUUCUGAUAGUCGGCUUCCACCGCUACUUCGAGAGCCAAUAUUGGAUUAUCCGCGGGAAGUUCCCUGCUAGUCGUGGCAGUAUAGCACUUACGGCAUUUGUGGCUGCUGCGCUGAUUAUUGCUGCGCUUGCGGUUAUUUUGGCUGUCUCGCCCGGUGCUGUGGAGGGUUAA